GAAAAGGGGAUCCAGAGAGAAAAAUAGAGGAGAAACGGUCCUUUCUGAUACAAACAACAAAUUGUUAAUGGCGACGGAGGAGGAGCUUCUCCCUCUCCCUUUCUCAGAGAUCUCGUUCUCGUCAUUCUUCUUCUUCAGUUGAUUGCUUUUCGAGUUGAGUUGCGUUGGGGAUGAUAAUAAGGAAAGAUUGAAUUUGAGUGUGUGUGUGUGUGAGAGAGAGAGGUUUCUGUUAACUGUAAAUGUCUUCUGGAGAAGACGAAAAGCAAUGGAGUUGUCCAAAAGCCGGAGCAGUGAAUUUGCAGAGAGUUGGUUCACUAGUGCGCGAUAUUGGAGAGCCUUGCCUUUCUCAAUCACCCAUAAAGGUUGUUAUUGCUAUAAGCAGAAUGCUUAAACCAGACAAGUGGCAGGCAAUUUUUGAUACUGAUGGGAAGGUUUUUGGUUUUCAAAAAGCACUCAAGUCUAUUCUUGUGGGGGGUGUGGAUCCAGCAAUAAGGCCAGAAGUUUGGGAGUUUCUACUUGGUUGUUAUUCACUGGACAGCACUGCUGAGUACCGAAGGCAACUGAGGACAGCCCGAAGGGAGCGCUAUGAGGACCUGGUCAGGCAAUGUCAAAUGAUGCAUUCAAGUGUAGGAACUGGUGCACUUGCAUAUAUUGUGGGGUCCAAAAUUAUGGAUAUGAGAAUGUUAUCCAAGGAUGAAGGGAGAGGGGAAGCGAAAGUCAAAAGUAGACACACUUCUUUUGAUGCUGCUAACAAAUUAGAGAAUUAUAGUGAUUGGAAUAAUAAUUGUACAGAAACACCAUAUGAGUGUGAAAGGGAAAGUUCUAGUGAUUCAGGUGAGCUUGUCAGUGUGAGGGGAAGCACAGACAGCCCGACAUAUGAUUCUUGUUUUUUACCUGCAUCUGGCCAAUAUAGUAGUGGUUCUCAUGAAAGAGGGGGUGAAGUUCAUGAAUCACAAUAUGUAGCAAAGAGUUAUUUUGAUUUUCCUCCUUUACCUGUCACAGAUUUAUUUGAUCGGGGAGAAGAUGAGGGAGAAUGUGUUGUGCAUGAUUUUGAACCUUCUACCCAACAAACUUUAAGUUUUCAAGAUGGCAGAAUGCACAUUUUUCAAAUUGAUAAUAACAUAGAUUUAAUUAUGGAAUCAGGUGGUUCACCAGCUAACAAUGUUUCACAUUACAACAACUCUGAAAUUGAAAUAGUUCAUGAUGAUGAUCAUGAACCGGUGUUAUGGUCUAAUAAUCAAGAAUAUGAAAAAGAAAUAGUAAACAGAUUGAGAAUAUCUGAUGUUCCAGAAACAUCCUUGUUAAAUGCGGCUUCUCAAGGAGGGGCUACUGGCGAAGACAAAGUAUCUGAAUGGCUUUGGACUUUGCAUCGCAUAGUUGUUGAUGUGGUGCGAACAGAUUGUCAUCUUGAAUUCUACGAGGAUAAGAAAAAUUUAGCUAGGAUGUCUGAUAUCCUUGCUGUCUAUGCCUGGAUUGAUCCUGCCACUGGUUAUUGUCAAGGUAUGAGCGAUUUGUUGUCUCCUUUUGUUUUCCUCUUUGAGGAUAAUGCUGAUGCAUUUUGGUGUUUCGAGAUGCUUAUAAGGAGAAUGCAUGAAAAUUUUCAGAUGGAAGGACCAACUGGAGUGAUUAAACAGUUGCAAGCAUUGUGGCACAUCCUGGAAUUCACAGAUAGAGAAAUUUUUGCUCACUUGUCACGUAUAGGUGCUGAAAGCCUCCAUUUUGCGUUCCGAAUGCUAAUGGUUCUUUUUCGUCGAGAAUUAUCUUUCAAUGAGGCUCUUCAGAUGUGGGAGAUGAUGUGGGCUGCUGAUUUUGAUGAAUCAUUGGCCUUUGAUUUAGAGGAGAACUGCCCGGAGCCACUGGUGCUACAUCUCCCAAGGGAUUCUGGAGGAGAAAUAAAAGAAGAAAGCACAGAAAAUGGCAAUGGUAAAAGCACAGAACAUGGCAAUGGUAAAAGCACAGAAAAUGGCAAUGGUUGUUCAAAUGAUAGUUCACAAAUGAAGCAUGCAAAUAUGGACCACUCAAUGUCUGAGGACACUGCAAUGAAGUCAGCAUUAGCUUAUCCCUUCUGUGGUUUGACAAGGAGUUUAUGGUCGAGAAGCGACCGCAUGCAUAUUGGCAAUCUGGUCUCAUCAACUAAAAAUGGGGACGAUGAAUUACCUGUCUUCUGUGUGGCAGCAAUCCUCAUCAUGAAUCGGCAUAAGAUCAUUAGAGAAACUCGGUCAAUUGAAGAUAUGAUCAAGAUAUUCAAUGACAGACUGCCAAAGAUCCAUGUCAAAAGAUGCAUACGUGCUGCAAUCAAACUUCGGAAGAAGUACUUUCACAAGCUGAUAAAAAACAAGAACCAUGCAGCUCAGAAUGGUGACUAGGCAGUUUUAUUCUUGUAAACUUCUACACAGAGAAGCACUUGCAACUAUGGUCUUUGAUAUAAAGCUUUGAGUAUCACUGGCAUAGUUAUUUGGGUCUUUUAACAAUGGAGUUGUGUACUUGGCGUUCAAUUCAAAGGCAUUAUUCAGUUCUUUGUACUUUCAUCAUCUCCUUCAUAACUUUUGUGAGUGGAAAGAUCAAAAAGUGCAACAAGUUAUUUUCUGGUCCAUCUGGUUUCUGAUAAAUUUUCUGCUGUGGACACUACUGACAGGUUAGGCAAAUACAUAUUGUAUUUUUCCUUCACAAAUUUUUAUACCAUACAAUUAGGGAGCAACUCAUGUAUUGACAAUUUUGAUCCUUGCCCUUUUGUUUAUAUAUGAAACUAAAAAGUGCACUCAAACUUGUUGGAGACAACACGAUCAAAUGAUUGUAGAGGUCUAAACAUCAAAAUCAAGUCUGUAACUUCAAGUAGUAUUGAUGUAUUUUAUUUGUGGAUGGAAAAACAGAUUCUUCAUGUUCAUGCUUUUAUUAUAUUUUGGUUUUUUGCUCUA